AUGCCACUGGCGGCGCGAAGCUCUCUUGAAGCUAGACGUAUCAUUCGCGAAGCCUUUGAAGGCCUCGAAAAGGUCAUAUCCCCGAGCGAAGCGAAGGACUUCAACAACACUACACUACAGAACGUUCAAGAUGCCGCACUUGGAAUUGAAAGUAUCCUUGCUGCAAGACAGUCUCUGAGGAAUAUGCGGCGUCUGUCGCCUCUGUUUGAGGGACUGAAAUGCUACGCUGAAACCAUAGAAGUCCUAUGCAAUGGAACUCCCUACCUACCAUGGAUUUGGGCUCCCAUUAAGCUUAUUCUCAAGGCGAGCAUUGUUUCCUCAGAUUAUACAGAUGCGUUCGAGAGAAUCAUCAAAGCCUACUCAGAAAUUGCCGAAUCACUGCCUAGGUUUCGUAUCAUAUCAGAUGCACUCAGAAACAGCAAAGAAAUGCAGCAAGUUCUGGCAGUCUUCUACGCCGACAUUUUGACAUUCCACAAGGAAGCGCACAUCUUUGUUCGACGAAGCGGUGAGACAACAGCAGCAAUUAGAUUUCUCGCAUUCGGCUCAAGUUCUGAUAGCUCAACAGGUUGGCGAAUAUUGUUCCUCACGUCAUGGGGCCGAUUCCAACGCCGAUUUGAUUCCACACUCGAUGACUUGCAGAAACAUAAGAAACUCAUCGACGAUACUGCGAGCGCGAUAAACCUGAGCGAGACUGUCAAGAUGAGUGAGAAUCUGCAAGCAUGGCGUCAGGAAAAUCUUGACAAGCUAAAGUUCCUAGAGGACGAGCAAACUGCCAAGCAGUAUCAAUCAAUAAUCGGAUGUCUGAAGAUCGAUGAGACCGAGCAACUCGCUAUCCUCGAUGCUAUUUCCUCCGAAGGAAACAAGUACGAUGGAACUUGUGACUGGGUCUCUAGACACAUCCAUAUACGUGAAUGGCUCAAAGAGACGCCCACAACAGAUUUCGUCUGGUUGCAUGGGAUUCCUGGAACCGGAAAAAGUGUUAUAGCAACACAGCUCGUCAAAUUCCUCCAGAGAAGUGAGAAGGCCAUGGUUAUUCAGCAUUUUUGCACCUACACCCACUUGUCUUCCAUUCAAUAUGAGACCAUACUCAGGUCAUUACUGGUUCAGCUCAUGCGAACCAGUUCCGAUCUUAUCGCUCACGCCCAAUCCUUGGAGCAGUUAUUAUUGGCAUUUGGUGGUGCUGUCUCCCCCAUACCCUCAGAAUCCAGAUCAAUUCACCUGGUCAUUGAUGGCUUGGACGAAUGCGAACCGGAUCAACAGGGGCGAAUUGCAAGUUUGCUCGAGAAGCUUCGCGGUCUUCGAUCUUCAGCCUCAUCUGUGUUCAAGAUCCUACUGUGCAGCAGACGCACACCGCAGCUGGAAAAACGACUACGAAAACGGACUGUUCAAGUUGUGUCCAUGACGAACGAGAAGGGAAGCAUUGAGCCUGCAAUACGAACAUAUGCUAACCAAAGGCUCAGGGCGAUCCGCUAUCGUCUCUUUCAGAUGAGUCUAACAGAUUCGGAUCUACGAGAUAUCAGUAUCAAUAUUGCUCGAAAGGCAGAUGGUAUGUUUCUGUGGGCACGUCUGGUCCUUGACUAUUUGUCAACGAAUAUAUUGAGCUCUCGGGAUGAGGUGCGGGGAGCAGUGGAUGUGUUGCCUGUCGAGCUGGGUGAAUUCUACGAUCGUAUUCUUGCUCAGCUUACCUCACGCUUCGACCCAAGGUCGGUUGAAAGGUUAAGGUCCAUCCUCGGAUGGGUAGCAUUCGCCAAACGACCAUUGACCAAAGCUGAGAUGAGAUCUGCCUUGGCUUUUAGCUGGGGGGAUCACAUGGUGGAAGAAGCCGUACCCCGGCACAUAUUCGAAUUUGGGGCACCGUUGUUAGAGGAGCACCCUGAUGCCACCUUUUCAUUUGUGCACAUUUCACUCAAGGAGUAUGUGUCCCUCGUUCUGGCAAGACAGAACUCUUAUCAGGAUAGCACAGAAUACAGAUCAUCACCAGAUGUAUUAACAUGUAGAGAUAGGUACCUUCAGACCCCCGGCUGCAUCCUUUUCCUGGACCGAUCGGCCGCGAUGCAUGAGCACGCAACUGCCACCAUUACGUGCCUUUUGUCUGGCUUCUGGAUAUUUUCAGGACAGCUGGCAGACAAUACCCGUAUUCUUCGCAUAGUGAAGGGGCUCCACGGCCUGCAUAUCUAUUCCAACCAGUUCUGGCUGAAUUGUUUCCUGGAUGCUGUAUCUACAGGCCACGGGCUCGUCCACGACUCACUUUUACACGGGGUCGCACAGGAGCUCGCAAACUUCUUACACAAUCAGCCUAGUACGCUGACAAUCCCAACCUCUGGGAUUGCUGAAAGCACGGCUAGCAGGGAUAGCCGUCUUCAGUGCCUCAAGGAACACGGCGCCAUAUAUGAGAUGGCCCGAAGAGAACUUGAGGAACGAGUCGCCCGUGCUAAAUUGCUGGUGACCGAAAUUGAAGGUACACCCACAGCCCCAGUGCGCUGCCCACCAAAUGAUCUUCAAAGCUUGCUUCUCGCUAUACAAUCCAGUAUCAAGAAUAUCUUGGCUCUCACCAGCAUCUCUGGGAUAUCUCCAGAAGAUCUCGAUCGUUUCAAAAAGGAGUUCCGCACAUCGGCUUUCACAUGUCGCUUCCCAAAUUGCCCAAGGGCUGCCCUGGGAUUCCCCGACGAGAAGGCGAAGUCUGAACACGAGACCAGGCACACACAGCGUAUUAACUGUACCGUUGUGGGUUGUCAAUACCCGCCAUUUGUUUCGGCUCGUGCUUUAAGAGAUCAUGUGUCAAAAUGCCAUCAACCUCAGAAUACAAUCCGCAAGAGUAUCAGGCGCGCAUCAGUAGAUAGCCUUUCUCAAUGGGCGACGAUGCAAGAGGAUCCUUUUCUGCCUCAUCACUCUUACCUGGCCCAGACCAACAACGUUAUUGAGCCAACGACAGGUAGUUGGGACCCCAGGUUCGCCGAUCCGCUGAAGGUGCCAGCACGGCAGCAGGAUGUGGACGAGUUUGGUUUCGACUUGUCCUCGCGUAGAGGUAGAGGUGAUCUCGGUGGAAAGACUGUCGACCUCAAUCCCGCUUCGGUCCGAUACGUCGGGUCCAGGAAGGCCGGCGUAUAAAGAAGCCUCCGCAAGCUUCCUGAAAUACCGGGUCUUCAGCAAGGAAUAGCUUCUACAAUCACUUAGUACCCUUUGGCUACUACUACCAUUGUUCCAUCCCAGAGAUGUACUCUUGUGCUUGUAACGGUUCGGUACAGAUGGCAAUGAGAUUGGAACGACGGGGUAGAAUUGCGCCUUACCUUUGCUUCUUUCUAACACCGUGCGGGCCGCAGUUUCUGGCAUCGGCAGGGGCAUCAUUUCGUUGUAGACACAUGCAUUCAAGCUCAUUUUGUGCUCGACUUUUAAGUAUUGUGGAAGGUGUGGUGACAGGUGAAAUUCAAUGCUAAGAUCUUGUUCCAAUUAAGGACCUUGCAG